AUGGAUUUGAAAAGGACGCAGGUCUUCUGGUUUCAGUCGCCAGGAGGCACGGCAUGGCCUCAAAGAACUAUAAGACCUUCAUUCUUCCUCUCGUCUCGAAAGAAUCAUCAGCAAGCAACAGACUUUCCAAGCUCCAGCCUCCGCUACCACAUCCACUCUUUAACUCGCUCUAUACACUCUUUCAACUCGCGGACUCAAGCAACCCAGCUUUUUAAGCCACACAAAGUCGUCAAGACGCAAUACCUUGCUGUCAUCCUCGCCGCUGCGAGCCUUGCUGCCGCCGUCCCAGGCUGGCCAUACGGUGGCGAGAAGCCAGACUGCUACACUACCGAGACCUGUGCUCCAUACUACCAGACCACCACAAAGACCAUCCCAUACACCGACGUCAAAACGAAGACCAUCACUGACUACCAGCCAUACACCACUACCGUGACCGUCCCAGCAACCUACACAACCACCAAGACCGUCAUCGACACCAAGGAAGUCCCAUACACCACGUGGUCCUACAGCACCACCUGCAUCACCACCAAGGUCCCAGUCACCACCUACAGCAAGCUCACCACCACCUUCCUCUCAACUUGCCCAUACACCACCGAGACUGCCAAGACGAUUGUCACCAGCAAGCCCCACGUCACAACCGAGUGCGAAACUCUCGCUACCUCGUCGACUUCCGUAUGCACGGUCACUACAACCAAGUGUGCCCCUACUACGAGCUGCAAGUCCAAGGAUGCGUACAAGCCAACGCCUCAUGGAUAUGGACAGUAA